GGAAGACUAUCCAGGGACCAUCUGAAGGACGAACUAGUCAACAACUUUUUUUCAAUCACGCGCUGAUCCUGGCUUUUCGUCUCUUUCAAGCGAAAAGAAAAGGUCUCAUCCAUCUUCUCAUCUGACCCUCUUUUCUCUUUCUGCGAUGCAAACGAUCAAAUGUGUGGUGGUAGGGGAUGGUGCUGUUGGCAAAACAUGUCUUUUGAUCUCAUACACGACCAACAAGUUCCCAUCAGAAUACGUUCCCACGGUAUUUGAUAACUACGCCGUGACGGUGAUGAUUGGAGAUGAUCCGUAUACUUUAGGUUUAUUUGAUACUGCCGGUCAGGAAGAUUACGAUCGUCUUCGACCAUUAUCAUACCCUCAAACCGAUGUCUUCCUCGUAUGCUUCAGUGUAACUUCACCCGCGUCUUUCGAAAACGUAAAGGAGAAAUGGUUUCCUGAAGUACAUCAUCAUUGUCCCGGUGUUCCUUGCCUCAUCGUCGGAACACAAGUAGAUCUGCGAGAAGAUCCCCAGCAUCUCGAAAAACUUUCUCGGCAGAAACUUAGACCUAUCACUGUAGAACAGGGUGAAAGGCUUGCCAGAGAACUCGGAGCUGUCAAGUAUGUUGAAUGUUCAGCUUUGACUCAAAGGGGAUUGAAGAAUGUUUUUGAUGAGGCAAUCGUUGCUGCUCUCGAACCUCCUGUCAUGAAGAAAAAGAGGAACUGUGUGAUACUUUGAAUUUUAUCACACUAUCCAGUUUUCACUCUUCUUCUUCUCUAUAUCCGACUUUCGUGUCCAACCUUACCUAUUCUUUCAUUCUCAAAUUCCGACGGCCCAUCUAUACCUCACGUUUCUCCAUUUUCGAUCCUUUGACGUCACCACCUCUGCCCUUUUUUUCGUUAUGUACAUGGCGUGUGACUAGAAUGUGUAUUGGGACCCAGAUGCACGACUACCAGAGAUGUUUC